AUGACUCUUCUUACUAAACUCGCUAGCAUUGCAUUGUUGAUAGCCUCAGGAGUUAUUGCUGCCCCUUGGAGUCAUCAAUCGCGAGUAUCCAGCACCACCCAUCACACACGAGCGCUGGGCCCGCACAAUAUCAAAAUCCGAUCAUUUCAUCCUUCAUCUACCUUUGAGACCUAUGGUGUUACAGGCGUAGAUCACCCUCUGUCCAAACGAGCUCUGAAAGCAUCUUCAUCCGAAGCUGCCAAAUCAUUCCUCGAGUCCAAGACUGAAAUUCAUCCCAGCGAGAUCACUCACAGAACAAGCCAUUCAAGUGAAAACAUUUCGAACGAGUUUUUUAACCAAGAAAUUAAUGGUAUUAAAGUUGCUAAUGCAGUUGCGAACGUUGCGCUGAAAGAAAACCGGGUUAUAUCAUACGGGGCCAAUUUUGUGAAACCCAAGAACAUUGCGUCCGCUACUCCCAUUUUCCAGCAGGAAAAGGCAAUAGAAAAUGCUGAGUUUGUGACAGGAGCCAAGUACAAUUCUUAUCCAGUCGAGCUUCAGUACAUCAUCACGGACUCUGGCGACGCGGUGCUCACAUACACAAUCGAGGUUCAGAACGAUGAUACAUUUGAGUUGUACCACGUACACGUGGAUGCUUCCGAUGGAGAGGUGGUUAGCGUUGUGGAUUUCGUUUCCUCGGCCACGGCCUACCGCGUUACCCCAUUCACAUCUCAGGAUCUUUCGGACACCGGGUUCAGCUUGAUUACCGACCCAUUCGAUGAACUUGCAUCUCCUAACGGGUGGCAUCGGUACGGCACAACGAAUACGACCGAUACCUCUGGCAACAAUGUAAGAGCCUAUGUUGCUGGUAACGCAGGAUACGAAACGACCGUCCAAUCAAGUUCGACCAACAUAUAUAAUUAUGUACGGGACCCAACCCUUUCAGUGUAUCAAGGCACUAACCCAGACGCCGCACGAGUGAACGUAUUUUACAUAGCGAACAUGAUGCACGACCUUACUUACCGGUAUGGGUUUACCGAGAAAACGUGGAACUUUCAACAAGACAAUCGAGGACUUGGAGGUGCUGAAAAUGAUCGCAUGGAAAUUAGGGUACAAGGUAAUUCAAUUGGGAUAAUCACCGUACCCGCGGAUGGUAGACCUGCCAUGAUGGAACUCGGCAUAUGGUCCCAGGGAGACGGCGCAUUUCAAAAUGACGUUACCAUCCACGAGUACACUCAUGGGAUUGUCGGUCGCCUGACUGGGGGUGGAACUGCUAAAUGUUUCCAGACAACUGAGGCCUUUGGUCUCAACGAAGGUUGGGCCGAUGCACUCCCCAAUUUAAUACAACGAACAAGUGCAGAGGACAGGGAUUUUUUGUAUGCAAAAUGGGCGAACGGGAAGAAUCUCCGAACGUAUCCUUACUCGACAAACAAGACAACUCAUCCGCGCAUGUAUGGAGAUUCAGGCACAAAUUCUGACACACUUGCUAUUGCUGAGCUCUGGGCGGUAAUUUGGCAUGAAAUUACUGUGGCCUUGAUGAAGGAGCAUGGAUUUGCUUCAAAUCUAUUCGACCCAACCUUGACAAAUGGAAACACCAUGACUCUCCAUCUCAUAAUCGAUGGGUUGAUAGCGCAGCCUUGCAAUCCCACGUUCAUCGAUGCCCGAAACGCCGUUAUUCAAGCCGAUGCUAAUAGGUAUAAUGGCGCGAACAAGUGCACUCUAUGGAAAGCAUUCGCUAAGCGUGGUUUAGGAUAUGGUGCGACAACUACCAAAAUCAACUCGGAGAUAUUGCCCCCUGAGUGCUGA